AUGCGGGCGGCCAUGGUGUCCAGGCUCACGGCAUUUGGCCGCACCGGGAGGGGCCACAGAAUUGCGCUCGACCGCCUUUGCCCUCGUGUGGCUGGCAUCGUCGCGCAGGCGCAGAACACGACGGCACCGGUUUCGCUCCCACUGGAUGAGUUCGCAGCGUUGGUCGAGCGGAUGCGCGAGGAAGCGCCCAAGGAGGCGGUGGAAUCCAUGGAAAUGGCUUUGGCCAGGCUCCGCAAACAACAGAUCGAGCGUGCUGCUCUGAUGAAGCGCAGCUGGAGCGACACGGCCUUUGAAGAAGGAGAGGCGGGGAACGAUCGGAUUUUGGAGCAGUUCGAGCGCGAGUUGGUCUCCAUCCUCCAGCGUUCCAGCCGGGGUCUGGCAGACGCAGAGGUCUUGGGCAAUGCGAUUGACCUCGCUGGAGCGUACAAGAAGAACUACAAGCUGGAGAAAGCGGAGGCCGUGCUGAUUCGAUGUACACGGCACGCGGAAGAGAGGAGCGGGGCCUGGUUGGUGAAGUACUUGAACCACAUGUCUCAGGUGCGGAUGAAGCAGAGCAGGGACGUGGAGGCGAUGGAGAUGAUGUAUGAGAUGGAGUCCCUGGCCACCUUCUCCCUCCACGAGCCGGGUGCUUCGGAGUUCUACGAAACCCUCUACCGCAACAUGAGCUCAUCCCUGCGAAGGAUGGGACGAGAGGAUGAUGCUGCGGUGUACUUCCUCAAGAUGGCAGAGGCGUCCCGGUAUCACAAGAAGCAACUGGAUUGGAUGGACCUCUGGGACCUCGGAAUUCUCAUCGCCAAUCGUGCCUACCAGGCCUCCAGGUGGGAGGAGUUCUACAAGUCUCGGGAGAUCAUUGCGGAGGCGCUCCUUCAGCUGGAAGCCGUCGAGCCCCACGAGCUCAUCUUGCGUGCGAAGGUGCUGAGCAAUUUGGGCCAAUGCUAUCUCGCCACCGAGGAGUUUUCCGAGGCUGAGAAGCAUUAUAUGGAGGCCUACAGCCUCUUCUCUCGAACAGUGGGGAAGCGAUCCCCACUCUUUGGGAUGCAGGCGUGGGCUUGUGGGAACCUCCGCUGUGCCCAGCAGCGCUUCGUCGAGGCCAUCGGCUUCCUGGGCGAGGCCUUGUAUGUUGAGGUGGUCAAGGACGGUCUUUCAGUCUCAGAGAUGAUGAAGCUCGUAGACCAGGUUCUACAUUCGCUUGACCACGUGGUGCGACCGGACGCCAACUUGGACUCGGCCAACUUGGAGCCGCUCCGCCGCGCGUUGAACGAGCUCAUUGAGGAGUCGGUGCUUCACUCUCGUUCCGGUCCCCCGCGUGGGUGGUGA